AACUGAGUCGACUUCCACUGAUGAUACGGGAAAUAACCCCGCUAUACUUUAUCGCUCUCACCACUAUCCAUCUACGCUCAUUCGCUCUCUAAUCUUUCGGCUUCUUUCCAGGCUUUUUCCCAUCUAGCAUAUCAUUCUGUUCAGACGUGUCUCUAUCCGUAAAAUAGAGCUCAUACAUACCUUACCUUAGAUACUUGAGUAUCCGAAAGACGAUACAUAAAGCCAUGGUUCGACGAGAAGCAAGCCACGCUGGCUCGUGGUACACGGACGACGGGCCUACACUGUCCUCCCAGCUUGACCAAUGGCUCGAUCAAGUGCCCGACACCAUUGACGGUGUAGGAGACAUUCCCUCCAAGGGCGCCAGAAUCAUCAUUGCCCCUCACGCAGGAUAUUCGUACUCGGGACCGCCAGCUGCAUGGGCAUACAAGUCAUUAGAUUUAUCACAGGCAAAACGCAUCUUCCUCCUCGGCCCCUCGCACCACGUCUACCUGUCUGGCUGCGCUCUCUCGCAAUGCGACAGCUACGAGACUCCUCUAGGGGACCUGAAACUCGACCGAACCACUAUCGAAGAGCUCGAAGCCACGGGCAAAUUCGACAGCAUGUCGCAAUCUACAGACGAAGACGAGCAUAGUCUCGAAAUGCAUCUCCCGUACAUCUACAAAGUCCUUUCAAGAAGUUUCUCCUCGCCCUUCGAAUACCCCCUCCUCAUCCCCAUUCUGGUUGGCGCAACGAGUCGCCAGACCGAGCGGUCAUUUGGAUCUCUUCUCGCGCCCUACCUGCGCGACCCGACAUCAGUCUUCAUCAUCAGCUCUGAUUUCUGCCAUUGGGGCCUGCGUUUCCGAUAUACAUACUACCUACCUUCAUUAUCCACCUCCUCUUCUGCACACAACGACGACGACGACUCGGCAGAUGCAACGAGCGGCCACACGCUCAGAAGCGGGGACAGACCGCCCAAAGACCCGCCCAUUCACGAGAGCAUUGCGCGACUCGACCGCUUGGCCAUGCGAGCCGUCGAGUCAGGCUCCCAUGGCACGUUUUUGAAUAAUCUGCGAGACACGGGCAACACGGUCUGCGGCCGACACCCCAUUGGCCUCGUCAUGGCUGCACUGGAAACGCUCAAUCUCGAUGCCUCGUCUGGUAAAGGCCGAUUCAAGUUUGUCCGGUACGAGCGCAGUAGCGACUGCGUCCGGGUUACAGAUAGUAGUGUGAGCUAUGCCAGUGCUUUUGCCGUUCUGUAGGUCGUUUUUGCCUUCCAUUCUAUUCACAGGUCCUUUUUCUCCCAUUCCAUACAGAUCUUCCCAAAGUCCUUGCUAUCUAGAUUCCAAUAUCUUAUUAUACAC